CUGGGUGAGAUAACAUGCCAUGAUUCUAUAUAGCUAUGAACAUCUACGUCUACUAAUCCUCAUAUUACUGCGCGACAACCUUUUGACCGCUCAACACCCGACUUUUCAAGUUUCUAAUUUUAUGCUUUCUGAUACCCUAGAAGUCUUUGGCAGUGAGACCCAGCUAGAGAACUAGGAGGAUAUUUGUUAGUUGGCGGAGUGUACAGCAAUGUAUCGAGCAGUUAUAAGCUCUGCAUGAAGAGUUGAUGCUGGUGACGAGGCUUUGUACAGUGCAAUGCCCAAACAAAUUUCGACAGAUGGGAAAAGAUUUUCAUCAGAGUUUUCCAGCGGCCA